GUGAAGUGUGACUGAGAGCAAUCAGCUGACAGGAUGUGCUUAUAGUUAGGGGUUAGCAUAAUAGCGACGUUAGCAAAUAUGAUACGAUGCUUAUUAGGGAAAAGUCGAUUGCAUUCGUUAUAUUAUGCUGCUCCACGUUUCUUGGAAAGGGAAUUUCAUGUUCAGACGUCCAGUCAAAACAAAGAAUUUGCAGAUGGUUCUCCAGUUUCUCCAUCAAAGAAGGCAAGGACUGAGGAAAAGCCUCUCCUUAAAUUUGCUAAACUAUCAGAACAUGCCAGGACACCUACCAAAGGCUCAUCUAAAGCUGCAGGAUAUGAUCUCUACAGUGCAUAUGAUUACUCCAUUGGUCCUAUGGAUAAGGCCAUAGUGAAGACAGACAUUCAGAUAGCAGUUCCGCAUGGCUGCUAUGGGAGAGUGGCACCGAGAUCUGGACUGGCAGCAAAACAUUUCAUUGAUGUUGGAGCUGGAGUUGUCGAUGAAGACUAUAGGGGCAAUGUGGGAGUUGUGCUGUUCAACUUCAGCAAGGACACAUUUGAAGUAAAAAAGGGUGACAGAGUAGCUCAGCUGGUGUGUGAGAGGAUUUGCUACCCAGAUCUGGUGGAGCAAGAGACACUAGAUGACACAACGCGUGGUUCUGGAGGCUUUGGAUCAACUGGACGCAACUAAAGGCUCCAAAUAUACUUGAAGCAAUGUACAUGUUCACACUGGUUUUAUAUGGUAAUAAAGUUCAUUUUUUUGUA